CGGGACCUACUCGCCAUGCCGCCGGUCGCGGCGGGUGAUGCGGCCAAGUGGGCGUUGCUGCUCAGGCAGCUGGGCACGACCUCGUCGAUGGAGGAGGCCGUGGUUUUUGCGGUGGAAAAUCCAGGCAAGGCUGACGAGUUUGUCGCGGCAGCCGUGAGCUGGAUGCGGGUUAACGCUGGGCUCCGGAUGCGGAUUCUGAUGGCUAUCGACCAGAUCUGCGCACGGGCGUCUGCGGCUCCAUCUGCCGAAGCGAGCGGCUCGCGCCCUGCCUUUGUCAACGCCGUCCGAGCGUACAUGACGCUGAUGUUCAAGGCACUGCUCUUGCGCGACGGGCCGACGCAGCCGCCCGCGGACAUGACCGUCCGGGAGGGGCAGGAGGGGCAGGAGCAGGCCGGGCUGCCCCCACGGCGCAGUCCGGCGGCGGAGCGAGAGCGGCGCGGCAGCGGCGAGUCCGCCCCCCGCCGACCCGGCCGCGACGGCAGCCGCGGACGGUCCGAGUGGGACAGUUACCGCGACCGCGACCGGGGCCGGUACAGCGAAGGACACCGAGCCCGAGACCGAGACCGGCGGCGGCGCUCUUCGUCGCGAUCCCGAGAGAGCUACGAGCGGCGCAGGUGGGGCGGGCGCGAGUGGCGCGACCGCAGUUGGCGGAGCCGCAGCCGCGGCGACCGCGGCGACCGCGACCGCGACAGGGGACGCGACUACCGGCACCGAGACUUCCGUUCACGGUCGAGGAGCAG